AUGGUUAAUGGAGAAGUCUAUUGUGCACUAUGCGGCACCCUCACUUAUUUCAACCCAGCCUCGGGUCGGCCGGGCGUGGCCUACGGCAAUCAUAAUGCCUCCUAUAGACUCCUUGCCUCCCCAGCAAGAACCCUCUGGUGGCUCAGAGAGACAAGUAUCCUCACUGAAAACCUUGGUGGCGUAGGAAUCGCCCUGAUGGAACAGGCUCGCUAUCUCGGCAAUGGCCUCUACGCUUAUGAUGUACGACAUAUGGGAACAAUAAAGCAACACGCGUAUAACAAUCAGACAGACUUUCCCGUCGCAUUCCCCGUCCAUGAUGUUUGCAUGAGCCUAUUUCAAAAGAUGCUUGAACCAGAGGAAUUCGACCUUGAGUGUGUUUACAAGACCUUUAAGAAGUUUGCUGGCUCAGCUCCCUCAAGAUGCCUGAACUUGGACUAUGGCGGCGCUGAGAGAUUCAUGGGAGAAUACUGGAGAGUCGUUGAAGGCGAAGAGCAUUAUCUGGUCUCGCCCUCCUCGGACCGGGCCCUCAGACGUUGGUACGCUAUACUGCAGAAUGAACCCCCAGAAAUGAAUGGGGAAAAUCAGGUUGUUAAGCGCCUACCAAGUUUAAGGGAUGACCCAUUCGUCAAGUUGCCUCCCGAGCUCGUCUUGCUCACCGCCGAGCAUAUGACCAUGGCCGAUUUCUGUCAAUGGAGAGCAGCAUCAAGGAGGACUAAUCUUCUACCCUUGGAGAACAAGAAUUGGAGGACCAGGCUCAUUCGAGACAUGCCUUGGAUGUUUGACGUGUCCUAUCCCGAGAUUUCUGACUCGCCCGUGGACUGGGAAGAUGUCUACAAGACACUCCACUUGGCUUCGUUCAGUCGUGGCGACCACAGGAGCCCAGCCCUUAUCAACAGGAAGCGGAUAUGGCAAAUCUGCUUGCCACUCGUCAAGGCUUUCCACGAGGAAAAGGCCAUACAGAAUAAGGAAGAAGAGGCAAUACCCGAAACCAUGAUCGACGCGGUAGUCGACACGGAGCCCAAGCCAAACUACAAGACUUGCCGAGAGCUUCUUUUCCUGCGCAGGUUCAGCGACUUGGACUCUGUACACCCCAAGAUUGUCGUUGAAUGGACUAGGAACUUGGAGUUCAAGGCCAUCAAAGCUGGAAACUGUGGUUUUGUGUACAAGAAAAGCAUGGGUCUCGACCUCGAAGACCAAGUGUUUUUCCCCGAAGACGGCUGGCUCGCGGGAAUCUCGGUACGAAUUUAUCACGAUCAGCCGGAUGACGAUGAAGAAGAUGACAUAAUUCCGUCUCAAACAGUAAUUACCGGGAUAUCCUUUUCCUUCAGCCAAACUCCGGUUGGUGGUCACGGCGACUUUGGAGAUCCGGUAUUCCACGCCACGCAUCUUCUCGCACCCCGAGCGGGGCAUUUUAUUGUUGGCCUCAAGGUGUACGAUGAUGGGCAGGACAAAGUCAAGGGGAUUGAGCUCAUCCAGCAACCAUUGACAAAGUUAAGACGGCCGACCCGGAGGGCCAUGGUUGAUAUGGUUUCUGCAGAGGUAUGGAACGCUGAAGAUACAAAGGAGAAGUUUUGGAUUGGUAUUGGCGAAGAAUUUCUGGAUUGGUAUUAA